GCCCGCGCCCCAAGCCCCGCCCUGUCAUGGUUUUCCUCUCCAGAGGGUAGCCGCUACGCCUUACCGACUGCGUUUCAGUGCUGUCCCACUGCUCCUGCACACCCCACGCCUGCGACCCUACCCACCACGGACAGCCGCUCCUGCGAGCUGGAAGCCAGUUCUCUGCGUCCUGAGCCUGGCAGCUGCAUCUGAACACUCGGAGCCUGGCGAUGGCUUCCAGAAACCCCUGCGCCGUGGGUCGCUUCAGUGAAGGGGCCUGUACUUCGGCGACCCAGACUCCGGGCUGAGAGGCCUCCUAAUCCAACCAGGAGGACCAGGAGAGUCCCCAAAGGGGACACAGCGCAGUGAUCGCCAGGCUUGGAGAGGAGCCGCUCCUGGCAAAGCCAGCGCCCAAUUUCUGAACGCCGCCUCCGUUCGGGACUACACUUCCCAGGGGCUAUUGCGGCGGAGGACACGCCCACUUCCGGAAAGGACCCAAAGCCGGGCGAGUGCACGCCCCGCCGGUUGCUGAGGAGAAGGGAGGUCUGGGCGGGGCAGCGGCAGAGGCUGGAUUGGGGAGCGGCGGGGGCGGUGUCCUGGUUCCUGUGUGGGCGGCGGGCGUGAGCGUGCGCGUGUGGCCUGGUGGCUGUGAGUGCCCAUACGUGGUGAGCGUGCGGUGCUGCGCUGAGGGGCGAGCGCGCGAGGGGAUGGCGGCCCGGUAUGUGACUGUCCGGUGCGUGGCCGCGAAUCUGCGCCUGCGUGCAUGUCCCGGCGGCGUGCGGAAGGCGGUGUGUGUUGGAAUGAGUGAAGCACUUUAAGUGGCCAAGAGCAGGAAACCCGGCCGGAGGAGGCUUACCCCGUUCUCUCCUGUAUCGACUGCAUAGAGCCCAGUGUGGGCAAAGUCCUAGAGCCCGGGGAAGUUGCCCGGGCGGGGCAGCCUCGGCUGAAGCAUUUCCUGUCAGCCCUAUCUGGAAGGGGCAGAGCCCAGGACAGGGCUCCAUGUCCACAGGACAGCGAGGAGCGAAGACCAUGGGGACUGAGUACACAGAUGAAGACACAGAAGCAUAGAGAGGAUAAGUAAUCACUAGCAAGUGGAAGAACCGGGAUUCAGAUCCAGAACAGGCUGACUCCAGAGUCACUGGCUGUCAUGUAGUCUCCUCAACUACUGCCUCAGCUCUACAAUCCCAGAGUAAAGCUCUUCUCCAAAUGAAGAGCCAGGAAGAGGUAGAGGUGGCAGGAAUUAAACUUUGUAAAGCCAUGUCCCUGGGUUCAGUGACUUUCACAGAUGUGGCCAUAGACUUUUCCCAAGAUGAAUGGGAGUGGCUGAAUCUUGCUCAGAGAAGUUUGUACAAGAAGGUGAUGUUAGAAAACUACAGGAACCUAGUUUCAGUGGGUCUUUGCAUUUCUAAACCAGAUGUGAUCUCCUUACUGGAGCAAGAGAAAGACCCUUGGGUGAUAAAAGGAGGGAUGAACAGAGGCCUGUGCCCAGACUUGGAGUGUGUGUGGGUGACCAAAUCAUUAUCUUUAAACCAGGAUAUUUAUGAAGAAAAAUUACCCCCGGCAAUAAUAAUGGAAAGACUUAAAAGCUAUGACCUUGAAUGUUCAACAUUAGGGAAAAACUGGAAAUGUGAAGACUUGUUUGAGAGGGAGCUUGUAAACCAGAAGACACAUUUUAGGCAAGAGACCAUCACUCAUAUAGAUACUCUUAUUGAAAAAAGGGACCACUCUAACAAAUCUGGGACAGUUUUUCAUCUGAAUACAUUAUCUUAUAUAAAACAGAUUUUUCCCAUGGAAGAGAGAAUAUUUAAUUUUCAUACAGAUAAGAAAAGCUUAAAAACACAUUCAGUUGUGAAAAAACACAAGCAAGACCGUGGAGAAAAGAAACUUUUAAAAUGUAAUGACUGUGAGAAAAUAUUCAGCAAAAUCUCAACCCUUACUCUUCACCAAAGAAUUCAUACAGGAGAGAAACCCUAUGAAUGUAUUGAAUGUGGAAAGGCCUUUAGCCAGAGUGCCCACCUUGCUCAACAUCAGAGAAUACACACAGGAGAAAAACCUUUUGAAUGUACUGAAUGUGGGAAAGCCUUCAGCCAGAAUGCUCAUCUUGUUCAACACCAGAGAGUUCAUACUGGAGAGAAACCUUAUCAGUGUAAGCAGUGUAAUAAAGCAUUCAGCCAGCUUGCACACCUUGCUCAACAUCAGAGGGUCCACACUGGAGAGAAACCCUAUGAAUGUAUUGAAUGUGGGAAGGCUUUUAGUGAUUGUUCAUCCCUAGCUCAUCAUCGAAGGAUUCACACUGGGAAAAGACCUUAUGAAUGUAUUGACUGUGGGAAAGCUUUCAGGCAGAAUGCUUCUCUUAUACGUCAUCGGCGAUAUUAUCAUACUGGAGAGAAACCCUUUGACUGUAUUGAUUGUGGGAAGGCUUUCACUGAUCACAUAGGACUUAUUCAGCAUAAGAGAAUUCAUACUGGAGAGAGACCUUACAAAUGUAAUGUGUGUGGGAAGGCUUUUAGCCAUGGCUCAUCUCUGACAGUGCAUCAGAGAAUUCAUACAGGAGAGAAACCUUAUGAAUGCAAUAUCUGUGAGAAAGCCUUCAGCCAUCGUGGGUCUCUUACUCUUCAUCAGAGAGUUCAUACUGGAGAGAAACCCUAUGAAUGUAAAGAAUGUGGGAAAGCUUUCCGGCAGAGCACGCAUCUGGCUCAUCAUCAGAGAAUUCAUACUGGAGAGAAACCUUAUGAAUGUAAGGAAUGCAGCAAAACCUUCAGCCAGAAUGCACACCUCGCGCAACAUCAGAAAAUACACACUGGGGAGAAACCUUAUGAAUGUAAGGAAUGUGGUAAGGCCUUCAGUCAGAUUGCACACCUUGUUCAGCACCAGAGAGUUCAUACUGGUGAGAAGCCUUAUGAAUGUAUUGAAUGUGGGAAGGCCUUUAGUGAUGGCUCAUAUCUUGUUCAACAUCAGAGACUCCACACUGGCAAAAGACCGUAUGAAUGUCUUGAAUGUGGGAAGGCAUUCAGGCAGAGGGCAUCCCUGAUUUGUCAUCAGAGAUGUCAUACUGGUGAGAAACCUUAUGAAUGUAAUGUUUGUGGGAAAGCCUUUAGCCAUCGUAAAUCCCUUACUCUGCAUCAGAGAAUUCAUACAGGAGAGAAACCUUAUGAGUGUAAGGAAUGUAGCAAAGCCUUCAGCCAGGUUGCCCAUCUUACUCUACAUAAGAGAAUUCAUACUGGAGAAAGGCCCUAUGAGUGUAAAGAAUGUGGAAAAGCCUUCAGGCAGAGUGUACAUCUUGCUCAUCAUCAGCGAAUUCAUACCGGAGAGUCAUCAGUUAUUCUCUCCUCUGCCCUCCCAUACCACCAAGUCCUAUAGAUUCAAUCUUGUAAAUGCUUCUAGCAUCCAUCUGCUUUUUUCCAGCACAUGUCCCAUCAUCAUAGUCCAAGACGCAACCAUCUCAUCUGGAUUUCUGCAGUAGCAUCACUGUUGCCCCUUUUGCUCCUAUCAACUACAUGUUUAACACUGUAGGCAGCCUAACCUUUUAAAAAUAAAAAUACAUAUUUAUGUUAUUUUCCCAUUUAAAACACUUGAUUUGAAAUAUAUAUUAACUAAUCCAUUUCAAGGAUUUAGCACGCACUGGCAUAUAGUUAUUGCUAAAUAAAUGCUAGCCAUUAAGGUAAAGGUUUCCUUACAAACUAUCAUAUUAAGCAGCAAGUAAACCAAACAGUAAGUCAAGACUAAGAUUUUAGAGCAGACAGAAGACUACUCUCCUGGUAGAGAGGAAAGAUGAACAAACUCAGAAUUGAAAGAUUUAUGGUACACAAGGUAACAUGGUGGCUUAUCACUCCCUCUGUGACAUUGUUGAUGAGCAACUCUCACUUGACCUGACACUGAGAAGAGAGAAUCAGCCAAUUAUAACAAAAGCUUUUAGCUGGGUGCGGUGGCUCAUGCUUGUAGUCCCAGCACUUUGGGAGGCUGAGUCAGGCAGAUUGCUUGAGCUCAGGAGUUCAAGACCAACCUGAGCAACAUGGUGAAACCCUGUCUCUACAAAAAAUACAGAAAUUAGCCAGGCGUGGUGGUGCACACCUGUAGUCCUAGCUACUCAGGAGGCUGAAGCAGGAGGAUUGCUUGAGCCCAGGAGGUGGAGGUUGCAGUGAGUCAUGAUCACACCAGUGCAAUUCCAGCUGGGCAGCAGAGCCAGAUACUGUCUCAAGGAAAAACAAAGAACAAAAGCAUUUGGUAGAAUGUAGGACUAACCAGGGUAGGUAGUAGUAAACUAAAAGUAACAAGCCAAAAAAACUUGAAUAGAUUAAUAGCCAUGAAACACCGAAAAGGGUAGUUCAAUACUUUGGCCUUUAUACAAGUACCACAGACAAUUCGUGUGGUAUUUAAAUUGUUCUAGCAUAAAAUAAAAUGCAAUAAGACCUUCCAUCUUGUUCCAUGAGAUUGACAAGACAUGCCAAAACAUAAAAAUAUGUACACUGCAGUUAGUUUCUGAAUGUAGAUGUUACAACUUAAACUUAUUUUUAAAAUAUUUAAAAAUAGGAAGGCUAGACAUGCCUCUGUGUAGAAAAUCUGAUAAAAAUAUUUCUCCCUAAAUUGUAAAUUCAUUGAUAUUCCAAUAAAAAUUUCCAUAUAUUUUUUAGUU